AUGAUACCGAACCUCGACCGACCUUUAGUGAUAGCUACGAUUCUACUCAAUAUAGCUACCAUCAUCGUCCUCGCUAUCGAAGUUCAUAAUCGAGGUAGUUCAAAGGUAGUCGCCGGGCUCAUCUUACAGAUAUUCAGUCUGGUAUGUGCUGGCAAUACCACGAUGGUCAAUCCUGUUCCGAGAAAACGAGGUGAACGUCAGCAAAACGCCAAUGGAAACCAAACUUAG